GACAACUUCCGGAAGGGGUCGUCAUGGCUUCUCGUGAGGAGGUCCUUGCCUUACAGGCUGAAGUUGCCCGACGUGAGGAGGAAUUGUACUCCCUGAAGCAGAAGCUGGCGGCGGCCCUUUUGGCGGAGCAGAAACCGCAGCCGGAACGCCUGGUUCCGGUGUCGCCGCUGCCGCCGAAGGUUGCUCUGUCCCGAGAUGAGAUUCUGCGCUAUAGCAGGCAGCUAGUGCUGCCGGAGCUGGGCGUGCACGGACAGCUGCGCCUGGCCGCCGCGUCCGUGCUAGUCGUGGGCUGCGGUGGGCUCGGCUGUCCCCUGGCGCAGUACUUGGCAGCGGCCGGCGUGGGCCGCCUUGGCCUUGUGGACUAUGACGUGGUAGAGAUGAGCAACCUGGCCCGCCAAGUGCUGCAUGGCGAGGCACUGGCUGGCCAGGCCAAGGCCUUUUCGGCCGCCGCCUCGCUGCGCCGCCUCAAUUCGGAGGUGGAAUGCGUGCCGUACACUCAGGCCCUCACGCCAGCCACUGCCCUAGACCUGGUCCGCCGAUAUGACGUGGUGGCCGACUGCUCGGACAACGUGCCCACUCGCUACCUGGUUAAUGACGCAUGUGUGCUGGCGGGUCGGCCUCUCGUGUCUGCCAGUGCCUUGCGCUUCGAGGGCCAAAUCACAGUCUACCAUUAUGACGGUGGGCCUUGCUAUCGCUGCAUAUUCCCCCAGCCACCCCCAGCGGAGACAGUGACCAACUGCGCGGACGGCGGGGUGCUCGGUGUGGUAACUGGGGUCCUGGGCUGCCUGCAGGCCUUGGAAGUGCUGAAAAUCGCUGCGGGUCUGGGCCCCUCUUACAGUGGCAGCCUGUUGCUCUUUGAUGCCCUGAGAGGGCAUUUCCGCUGUAUUCGGCUGCGGAGUCGCAGGCUUGACUGUGCAGCUUGCGGGGAACGGCCCACUGUGACUGAUCUGCUGGACUACGAAGCUUUCUGUGGCUCCUCAGCCACCGAUAAAUGCCUUUCCCUGCAGUUACUGAGCCCAGAGGAGCGUGUUUCCGUCACCGACUAUAAGCGACUUCUGGAUUCUGGGGCAUCCCAUCUGUUGCUGGACGUCAGGCCUCAGGUCGAGGUAGACAUCUGUCGUUUGCCUCAUGCCCUGCACAUCCCUCUGAAACAUUUGGAACGCAGGGAUGCGGAGAGCCUGAAACUCUUAGGAGAAGCAAUCCGGGAAGGGAAGCUUCGUACCCAAGAAGGGGCUGCUCUCCCCAUUUAUGUGAUUUGCAAACUGGGAAAUGACUCACAGAAAGCCGUGAAGAUCCUCCAGUCCUUAUCCGCAGCUCAAGAGUUAGACUCUUUAACAGUCCGGGAUGUUGUGGGGGGCCUCAUGGCCUGGGCUGCUAAAAUUGAUGGAACAUUUCCACAGUACUAAGGUGACUGCUAUAGUUUGAUGGGAAAGAUGUGAAUAUACAGGAGAUGUAAUAUACAGGAGCUGGGGAUCGUACAGUAUCUGUGAAUACAUGGACUCCUUUUUUAUAAGGAAUUUAAAAAAUUGUUAUGUAUCGGAUGACUUAUUAAUGGAUUAUACUGUUUCUGAGAGCCAUCAUUUUUUUUUUUCCAGCACAUGGAGGGUGUCCUUAACAUGUGAGAUACAACGUGACAGGAUUUUGUAUUUUAAACUGCAGGUCAUUGACCUGUCCUUAUUUUCCACUUCCCCCAGUCAAAAUGCUUUCUAAAUCAUUUUAUACCUGGAAUUAAGGUGCAGUAAACUUAGUUUUAUCAAAUUGAUCACAGAGUAUAUACUUAGGGUCAGUUUACUGUUCAGUUAAGAAAUUCUUGGAUCUUGGCCGGGUGUGGUGGCUUCACU